UGGGGCCAGGGACGCCGGGAGCGCGAGCGGAAGCGGAAGUAGCCUACAUGUGCUCCUCUGUAACGAAAAAGCUUCUGGGUAGAAGUUUUGGAGUGUGAUUGCUGUGUGAAGUUGGUAAUGGAAGCAGAAUCUAGUACUUAGAAGACCACCUCAAUUUCUACUUUCUCUUUAGAUUGAGUGACAUUCUCCCAUUCUACCAUGGGCAAGAAGGGCAAAGUUGGCAAAAGCCGGCGGGACAAGUUUUAUCAUUUGGCAAAGGAGACUGGUUAUCGUUCCCGCUCUGCUUUCAAGCUGAUCCAGCUCAAUCGCCGCUUUCAGUUCUUACAGAAAGCUCGAGCCUUACUGGAUUUGUGUGCCGCGCCAGGAGGAUGGCUGCAAGUGGCCGCCAAGUUUAUGCCUGUGUCCAGUCUUAUUGUAGGAGUGGACCUAGUUCCAAUCAAGCCUCUACCCAAUGUAGUGACUCUUCAGGAGGACAUCACUACAGAACGCUGUAGGCAGGCACUAAGAAAGGAGCUAAAGACCUGGAAAGUGGAUGUUGUGCUCAACGAUGGGGCCCCCAAUGUUGGGGCUAGUUGGGUCCAUGAUGCUUACUCACAAGCCCACUUGACGUUGAUGGCUCUGCGUCUGGCUUGUGAUUUUUUGGCCCGUGGUGGCUGCUUCAUCACAAAGGUUUUCCGUUCCCGUGAUUAUCAGCCUCUGUUGUGGAUCUUUCAGCAGCUGUUCCGCCGUGUCCAGGCCACCAAGCCCCAAGCCUCUCGCCAUGAAUCUGCAGAAAUCUUUGUAGUCUGCCAGGGAUUCUUGGCUCCUGACAAGGUGGACAGUAAAUUCUUUGAUCCUAAGUUUGCCUUUAAGGAGGUUGAAGUUCAGGCAAAGACUGUUACUGAGUUGGUAACUAAGAAGAAGCCAAAGGCUGAAGGCUAUGCUGAGGGUGACCUGACACUUUAUCACCGUACCUCGGUCACUGACUUUCUACGGGCUGCCAACCCUGUUGACUUCCUUUCCAAGGCUAGCGAGAUCUCAAUAGAUGAUAAAGAGUUGGCACAACAUCCAGCUACCACUGAGGACAUACAGGCAUGUUGUCAGGACAUCAAAGUUCUGGGUCGCAAGGAACUCAGGUCCCUACUGAACUGGAGAACAAAACUUCGGCGCUAUAUGGCUAAGAAGCUGAAGGAGCAAGCAAAAGCACUGGAUAUCAGCCUCAGCUCAGGAGAGGAAGAAGGUGAUGAAGAGGAAGAGUCUACCACUGAGACCACAAGGCAGCCUUCUAAAGAGGAGGAGGAAGAGGAGCAGCUAAACCAAACCCUGGCAGAGAUGAAGGCCCAGGAGGUGGCAGAAUUGAAGAGGAAGAAAAAGAAGCUACUACGAGAGCAGAGGAAGCAGCGGGAACGUGUAGAACUAAAGAUGGAUCUCCCUGGAGUUUCCAUUGCAGAUGAGGGAGAGACAGGCAUGUUCUCCCUGCGUACCAUCCAAGGUCACCAGUUGUUAGAGGAAGUAACACAAGGGGACAUGAAUGCUGCAGACAGACUUCUAUCUGAUCUGCCAAGGGAUGACAUCUAUGUGUCAGAUGCUGAGGAGGAUAAUGGUUCAUCGCUGGACAGUGACCUGGAUCCAGAAGAGUUGGCAGGAGUUGGGGGACAUCAGAGUCUGAAAGACCAAAAGUGUGUUCGAUUUGCUCAACUAGAAGAUAAAGAGGAGGAGGAGGAGGAGGAGGAGGAAGAGAAUCCACUGCUGAUACCACUAGAGGAAAAGACAGUGUUGCAAGAAGAACAAGCCAACCUGUGGUUCUCAAAGGAUGGCUUCAGUUGGAUUGACGAUGAUGCCGAUGAAGCCCUCGAGAUCAGUCAGGCCCAGUUGUUGUACAAGAGCCGUCAGAAGGAGCAGGAGCUGUCAAAAUCACUGUCACCUUCUAGUUUGAAGACUGAGAGAAAGUUUCCCCAGAACAUGAAUGAGACCCCAAAUGAAGAGGCUCCCUCAAGUACAGGAGCUACCGCUGGCCCUGAAAGGGUAGGAAGUGACAGCUCAGACAGUGAGAGCAGUAGCAGUGAGGAUGAAGAGAGUAGGGGACCAUCUCGUGGUAAGAAACGAUGCCGAGGGCCUAAGUCAGAUGAUAAUGGGUUUGAGAUAGUACCUAUUGAGAACCCAGUGAAACAUCGGAUUCUGGACCCUGAAGGCCUUGCUUUAGGUGCUGUUAUUGCAUCCUCCAAAAAGGCCAAAAGAGACCUCAUAGAUAAUUCUUUCAACCGAUAUGCAUUUAAUGAAGAUGAAGGUGAGCUUCCAGACUGGUUUGUGCAAGAAGAGAAGCAGCAUCGAAUACGACAGUUGCCUCUUGACAAGAAGGAAGUGGAGCACUACCGCAAACGCUGGAAGGAAAUUAAUGCACGUCCCAUCAAGAAAGUGGCUGAGGCCAAGGCCAGAAAGAAACGGAGGAUGCUGAAGAAGCUGGAACAAACCAAGAAGAAGGCAGAAGCUGUGGUGAACACAGUGGACAUCUCAGAACGAGAGAAGGUGGCACAGUUGCGAAGUCUCUACAAGAAGGCUGGGCUUGGCAAGGAGAAACGCCAAGUCACCUAUGUUGUAGCCAAAAAAGGUGUGGGCCGCAAAGUGCGGCGGCCAGCUGGAGUCAGAGGUCAUUUCAAGGUGGUAGAUUCCAGAAUGAAGAAGGAUCAGAGAGCACAGCAACGUAAGGAGCAGAAGAAAAAACACAAAAGGAAAUAAGAAGAUUGUAAAACUUAGCAGGCAAAAUGUGGUACAGCUAACCCUGACCUUGAUAACCAGUCUUGCCCUUGCCUAUAUCACAACUGUCUAAUAAAAUGCCAGGGAAGUGGUCCUAAAUGGUAAGAACAUCUUUUUGUCUGCAGGAUGGUCUCCCUUGAAAGCAGCAAGGGUGCCAUGACAGUUCAUUACCAUUCUAGGAAAAACAUUUGAGUGCUGGCUGAAACAGAUUUCUUUAAAAUCUUAAGGGAUCAAGUUCAAUGUGAUAUUUUGUAAGGACAUGGACCUCUUGCAUCUCCCCUUACCCUACAUCAUUAUUAGUUGAAUAAAACAUUAUCUCUACUACUACAAA